GCUGCUUUCCAAUCGUCCUCGUCUCCCCGUAGGAUACGAGGCAGAUCUGCAAUACUCCAAUUUCCUCCUUCGCCAUCGGCCCUGUAUAGUAGCAGUAGCGAUGGGACGGAAGAUCAGUCGAUCGAGGCUCUGCAGUCACUAGCAAAGUUUCACGAAGGUUCUUGGCAAGGUAGGGCCAAAUCUUUUGCCGUAACAGCGGAUGUGGCUGCUGGAAUUGUUCAACAGACUUUGGAAUGGGAGGAUAGUGUUUCAUCUAGAAGCAUAUCUUUCAAGAAUUCAAACGUUGAUGUAGACGCUGUCGAUGCGUCAUACAGUUUGGACAGCACUUUGCCUGAUUUUCCGAAUGCACUUGCUGGCACCGACAAGCUCAAGCAGUUCCUUAUUGAGCAUUGUGUGGCAGUUUCAGACGAUGAACGCGCCCGUUGUUUGGUUUUCUAUGGAGCCGACCAAAAUUUAAUUCGAAUAGUUGUUUGCGAGGAAACACGGAUUCCGACCGAAAACGAAGACGUUGUCAUCGGUACAAGCGACAAAGACUCCAGCUUUUCUGCUGCUGAUUUGCUUGAGAUGCAGAGUGAUGUAGAUCGUUUGGUGGACAAAAUGACUGGAGACUCAAAGGUAGGAAGCCAAGAGUCUGGCCACACUUCUGGCACUCCGCAAGAACAAUUGAAAAAGCUACAAGACGUCGUCUCUACGUCUGAAUCGACGCCAUCAGACGAAAUUGAUGGCACCGGAUCGUCCUUUUCGAAACAUUCAAUUACCUUACUCGAGGUAAGCUCAGGUGUAUGGUUAGGAGACUCGAUCAUUCGAGACGUUCCAAUGGUGCCGAUGUCAAUGGAAGAACGCGGAAAAGGUUUUGGGCCGAAACAGAUAGCCACCAUCAGAUCAAACAACGCAUUCGCCAAAUGGUCUGUAGGGGUACAAAAGGUAGCCUGGCGAUGGAUGUGGAAUUUUGGUGAUGAAAUUCGUCAAGUGAAUGAUAUCGGGAAGUUUAUGGGAGCUCAACUCGAACCUACGCUUGCACAAAGCCUAUCCGGAACGGUAUGUAUCAACGAAGGGCUCUCCCGAAAGAUAAAACCAGACGAUCGAAUGGUGUACAUUGAUUGGAACGGCGAGAACGUGGGCUUUGUGCUGGGCUCUUAUUCGGUACAA